ACAGUACAGAGUUGUUUUAACCCUUUCAUGUGGUUUUAAUUUUCCAGUUUGGACAGAGGACAGUUAGACUAUUCGGCGCCUGUCCUUUGAAAGUGGGUGUUCUCGGGGACCUCCCGUUUUCCCCCACAACACAUUCUACGGCAUUUGGAUUUAAUGAUUCCCAGCCACACUGUGACCACGAAUAAGGGAACUUUGUUGGAGUAUGUUUUGACGCCUUCAUCCUUCUCGUUGUCAUCAGUCUUGCUCUUUUCUCUGUCACCGAGCCCUCGGGACAUUUAUUCUCCAUUUUAUGACGUGAAAAUCGCUUUGAAACAAUACCUGUUCAUUCUCUAUAAUUAAUUUUUAAAUCUAUUACAAUUGUAACUAAUAAAUUACCACGAGAGGGGGGUGAAGGGGGAUGCUAACAUCCCUGAACACCCUAGUUUGGGAAGGUUUAUUUCCUCUAAAAACUAAAUCCCUGCUACGGUUUUUUUUGUUUUUUUUUGGGGGGGGGUUAAAGUUCGCAUCCCGUUGCAGUAAAAUUACUCUCACACUUUGAGGCCAUGGAUAAGUUAUAAGAGUGACCUUCAAAUCCUAUCAAUGGAUUAGAGUAUCCCAGGAGUUGGCGGUCGGUACUGUUGAUUAGCUGCCUUCAGAUAGUCCUUGUGUAAGUUUGUUCAAAUAUCCACAACAAAGAUGACAUUAGUUCUAAGAACAUCCUUACUUGUGAUAUUUAUGUGUGUUUUUCAGCGUAACGAUGACAUCCUGUUCUACUGUAAUAGCCCUUGGAAUGAUGCCUUUCACAUUAUGGGCUUACAGCUACGCGCUGGACACAGGAGAUUUAGUGAUCCCGUUCGACAAGAUAGCGUUGUCCAUCGUGUCAAUUACUCUACCUGUGUUUGGUGGCUUACUUGUGAAAUGGAAACUCCCUCGUGUGGCGUAUAUUUGUACUAAGAUUGGCAGUUUAUCUGGAUUUCUUUUUAUUUUGGUCGUUGUAAUUAUGGAUCAGAUAAUUUUUCCAGGUAUACUUAAUAGCAUAUCGUGGCAGGUAUGUAUAUCUGCUAUUUUAUUGCCUACGUUAGGACUAAUUAUAGGCUACACUGCAGCUUCUCUGUUUCGCCAGGCAGAUUCCUUGAAGCGGACAAUAGCCCUGGAAUGUGGAAUUCAAAAUGUCGGUACAGCAUUUACAGUUUUGUCCUUGUCAUUUCCUUUUGAGGCUCAAGGAAAUUUAACGAUCUUUCCGAUGUUGUUUGGUUUCAGCCAAUUAGGAAUCUGUUGUCUCGUCUGUUUCUGUUACAGAAUAAAGAAAUGGUGUCAGGUUCAUCUGGGAAAAGCGACAUCUAGAGAAGAGCAAAAUGAAUCUCCAGAAGAAAUGAAUGGAUCAAGGACAACUGUACCUAAAUGUCACGAAUGAUUGGUCAUUAUUUCCUCUCAGUAUCCAGUAUUUGUUUGCAGGAAGUGUUUCACUAGUGGGUGGUAUUUGUCUGGAAAGUACAUGUAAUUUUUUUGUUUACUUUUACUGGAAAAAAAACAAUAGUUACAAUAAAUUUUAAUCUCUGGUUUUAUA